ACAUUGCACAUCACCAGCUGCAAUAAAGGCGCCAAAUUAAGGCUGCAGUUUCGUGUGAUAAACAUAAAUGUGUUGCAAAUAAAUAUUAAAAUGGCAGAAGCUGGCAAAACUAAGGUGCUGCAAAACACUGGCAAGUUUGUUAGCGAAACGCGCGCUGAGGGCGACGACUUCUUCAAUGAAGCUGGCUACCGGCAGUCGCGGGAGAAUGAUAAAAUCGACUCCAAAUAUGGCUUUGACAGAGUCAAGGAUAGCCAGGAGCGCACAGGCUAUCUCAUCAAUAUGCAUACGAACGAGGUGCUCGACGAUGAUCGUCGUCUGGUGGCUGCUCUGGACUUGUUCUUCAUCCAAAUGGACGGUUCACGUUUCAAGUGCACAGUGGCCUAUAAGCCGUAUCUGCUGAUACGUCCUGAGGUGAAUAUGCAUCUGGAGGUGGCCCGCUUUCUGGGCCGCAAGUAUUCCGGACAGAUUGCCAGCCUUGAGCACAUCAACAAGGAGGACUUGGAUUUGGCCAACCAUCUGUCGGGUCUGCAGCAGCAUUAUCUGAAGCUCUCGUUUCUCAAUCAAACAGCCAUGACCAAAGUGCGUCGCGAACUAAUGGCUGCAGUGCGUCGGAAUACGGAGCGCGAGAAAUCCAACACGUACUACAUGCAAAUGCUGGCCAAUUCGCUGGCCCAGUCUGCCAGUGGCUCUGAUGAUGGCAGCGGCAAGCGGCAGCAGGAUUAUAUGGACUGCAUUAUGGAUAUACGGGAGCACGAUGUGCCCUACCAUGUGCGCGUAUCGAUUGAUUUGCGCAUCUUUUGCGGCCAGUGGUAUAAUAUACGUUGUCGCAGCGGCGUGGAGCUGCCGGUUAUCACUUGCCGGCCGGAUAUAUUGGACAGACCGGAGCCUGUGGUGCUAGCCUUUGAUAUAGAGACAACAAAGCUGCCCCUUAAAUUUCCCGAUGCGCAAACCGAUCAGAUCAUGAUGAUCUCCUAUAUGAUUGAUGGCCAAGGCUAUUUGAUAACCAAUCGGGAGAUCAUCUCCUCCAAUAUAGAAGACUUUGAGUACACGCCGAAGCCGGAAUUUGAGGGAAAUUUCAUUAUAUUCAAUGAGGAGAAUGAAAUGCAGCUGCUGCAGAAAUUCUUUGAUCACAUCAUGGAGGUGCGUCCGCACAUUGUGGUCACCUACAAUGGUGACUUUUUCGAUUGGCCUUUUGUGGAGACGCGUGCCGCUGUCUACGAUCUGGACAUGAAGCAAGAGAUUGGCUUUUCCAAAAUGCGUGAUGGCAUCUAUUUGAGUCGACCCUCGAUACACAUGGAUUGUCUGUGCUGGGUGAAGCGAGAUUCCUAUUUGCCAGUUGGCUCACAGGGCCUAAAGGCAGUGGCCAAGGCCAAGCUGCGCUACGAUCCCGUUGAGCUGGAUCCCGAGGACAUGUGCCGUAUGGCUGUGGAAGAGCCGCAGGUGCUGUCCAAUUACUCAGUUUCUGAUGCGGUCGCCACCUAUUAUCUGUACAUGAAGUACGUGCAUCCCUUUAUAUUUGCCCUGAACACCAUUAUUCCCAUGGAGCCGGAUGAGAUAUUGCGCAAGGGCUCCGGCACAUUGUGCGAAACGCUGCUCAUGGUUCAGGCCUAUCAUGCGAACAUUGUCUUUCCGAACAAGCACCAGAGCGAGCUGAACAAGCUGUCCAAUGAGGGUCAUGUGCUCGACUCCGAGACCUAUGUGGGCGGCCAUGUGGAGGCGCUAGAGUCGGGCGUCUUUCGCGCUGAUAUACCCUGCCGUUUCCGGCUGGAUCCGAACAUGGUCAAGCAGCUAAUGGAUCAGGUGGACGCUGUGCUCAAGCACGCCAUCGAGGUGGAGGAAAGCAUUCCACUGCAGCUGGUCAGCAAUUUGGAUGAGGUCAAGCAGGAGAUUGUCCAGGCACUGCAGGGCCUGCACGACAUACCCAAUAGACUCGAGCAGCCGGUCAUCUAUCAUUUGGAUGUGGGCGCCAUGUACCCGAAUAUUAUUUUAACCAAUCGCCUGCAGCCAUCGGCAAUGGUCACCGAAUUGGACUGCGCUGCUUGCGACUUCAAUAAGCCUGGUGUGCGCUGCAAGCGUUCCAUGGACUGGCUGUGGCGUGGCGAGAUGUUGCCAGCUUCGCGAAAUGAGUUUCAGCGCAUACAGCAGCAGCUGGAGACGGAAAAGUUUCCGCCACUCUUUCCGGGUGGACCAGCGCGCGCUUUUCACGAGCUCUCUAAGGAGGAUCAGGCGGCCUACGAGAAGAAGCGUCUGUCGGAUUACUGCCGCAAGGCGUACAAAAAGACAAAAAUCACUAAACUGGAGACGCGCAACUCGACCAUUUGCCAAAAGGAGAACAGUUUCUAUGUGGACACUGUGCGCGCCUUCCGUGAUCGUCGCUACGAGUACAAGGGCCUGACCAAGACGGCCAAGGCAUCGGUGAAUGCGGCCAUUGCCUCGGGCGAUGCUGCCGAGAUUAAGGCGGCCAAGGGACGCGAGGUUCUCUACGAUUCACUGCAGCUGGCUCACAAGUGCAUUCUCAACUCCUUCUAUGGCUAUGUGAUGCGGCGUGGUGCGCGCUGGCAUUCCAUGCCCAUGGCGGGCAUUGUCUGCCUCACCGGCUCCAACAUUAUUACCAAGGCGCGCGAGAUCAUUGAGCGUGUGGGUCGUCCGCUGGAGCUGGACACCGAUGGUAUCUGGUGCAUAUUGCCGGGCUCAUUUCCACAGGAGUUCACGGUGCACACCACACAUGAGAAGAAGAAAAAAAUAAACAUAUCGUAUCCCAAUGCUGUGCUGAAUACCAUGGUGAAGGAUCACUUUACCAACGAUCAGUACCACGAGCUGCGCAAAGCGGAGAAGGGCGAGCCGCCCAGCUACGACAUACGCGACGAGAACUCCAUUUUCUUUGAGGUGGACGGUCCAUAUCUGGCCAUGGUGCUGCCCGCCGCCAAGGAGGAGGGCAAGAAGCUAAAGAAACGCUAUGCGGUGUUCAAUUUCGAUGGCACCUUGGCGGAGUUGAAAGGUUUCGAGGUUAAGCGACGCGGUGAGCUGCAGCUGAUUAAGAACUUUCAGAGCUCCGUUUUCGAGGCAUUUCUGGCUGGCAGCACAUUAGAGGAGUGCUAUGCCUCCGUGGCUAAGGUAGCUGAUUAUUGGCUGGAUGUGCUCUACAGUCGCGGCUCCAAUCUGCCCGACUCGGAGCUAUUCGAGCUGAUUGCCGAGAACAAGUCGAUGUCCAAAAAGCUAGAGGAAUAUGGCGCACAGAAAAGCACAUCCAUAUCAACGGCCAAGCGUCUGGCCGAGUUCCUGGGCGAGCAAAUGGUCAAGGAUGCGGGUCUGGCCUGCAAGUACAUCAUAUCCAAGAAGCCCGAGGGCGCGCCUGUCACUGAACGUGCCGUGCCGCUGGCCAUCUUUCAGUCGGAGCCCAGCGUGCGGCGCCAUCAUUUGCGUCGCUGGCUCAAGGACAACACCAUGGGCGAUGCGGAUAUACGCGAUGUCUUGGACUGGAACUACUAUAUUGAGCGCUUGGGCGGCACCAUCCAGAAGAUCAUUACCAUACCCGCUGCGCUGCAGGGCUUGGCCAACCCGGUGCCGCGGGUCCAGCAUCCGGACUGGCUGCACAAGAAAAUGCUGGAGAAGAAUGAUGUGUUGAAGCAGCGGCGCAUCAAUGAGAUGUUUACCAGCAGGCCGCGACCAAAGCCUGCGCUGGCAACAGAGGAUAAACAAUUGGAACUGGGCGACAUGGAGGAUUUGGCGGGUAAAGAAGAUGCAGAAGCUUCGGGCAGACCGAUUGUGACCAAACGGAAGCGUGUGCACCUAGAUGACGACGAUGAGGAAGGCAAUGCGGCAGAGUCCACGCCGCAGCCAAAGACAUGGCGCCAGGCCCUUGGGGCACCGCCCGCCAUUGGUGAAACCCGCAAGACGAUAGUCGAAUGGGUGCGUUUCCAGAAGCGCAAAUGGGCCUGGCAGCAGGAGCAGCGCCAACGCUGUCGGCAGCAGAGCAAACGGCAGCGCAAUGGCACUGAGACCGCAGCAGGAGCGGCAUCUGCGCAGGCCGCAGCCAGAGCCACAACAUCUGCGGCCACGCUGGGCGGAUUUUUGAGGCGUGCACAGCGCACACUGCUGGAUCAGCCCUGGCAGAUACUGCAGCUAGUGCCGGUCAACGAUUUGGGACAGUUUACCGUAUGGGCAUUAAUUGGCGAGGAGCUGCAUCGCAUCAAGUUGACGGUGCCGCGAAUUUUCUAUGUGAACCAGCGCAGUGCAGCGCCGCCCGAGGAGGGUCAGCUGUGGCGCAAGGUACACCGCGUUCUGCCGCGUUCGCGACCCGUUUACAAUCUGUAUCGGUAUAGCGUGCCGGAGCAGCUGUUCCGGGACAAUUGCUUGGGCAUGCUGGCCGACUUGGCCACGCCCGACAUCGAGGGCAUCUACGAGACGCAAAUGACGCUCGAAUUUCGAGCGCUCAUGGAUAUGGGCUGUAUUUGUGGCGUGGAGCGCGAGGAGGCGCGUCGCCUGGCUCUACUAUCCACGCGCGAACUGGAGAACUUCAGCAUUGAGCAGCUGGAACAGCGCCCACAGUCGCACAUCAGAUACCUGCAGCAUGCCAGCAGCAAGCUGCGCAAGAUCUAUCUAUAUCAGCACAAUAUACCCACAGCCAAGAAGGAGAUCUGGGCACUGUUUUUGCUGCCCAGCAAGAAGGCCUUGGUCUUCGCCCUGGACACGGUGCGCGCCAAUCAAAUGCCUAACAUGAAGCAGCUCUACGUGGCGGAGCGUCUGGCGCUGAUCAAGAAUCUGCAGCAGGCGGCACAAAUUGAGAAACUGCCAGCGGAGGAUUUCAGCUUUGAGGUGCUCAUCGAGGUGGAUGUGAAGCAGAUCUACAGGCACAUACAGCGUGCCUUGUCUGCCUACAAACAGGAACAGUCGGGACCCACCAUGCUCUGCCUGCAGACGGCCAUCGAGGCAAGGAAAUUGAGCGCUGCCAUGCCUGUGCUGUUGGAGUUUCCGCAGGCCCAGAUACACAUCUCCGAUGACGCGAGCCUGCUCUCUGGCUUGGACUGGCAGCGUCAGGGUGCGCGCGCUGUGGUGCGUCAUUUCCUCAACUUGAACAAUGUGCUGGAGCUGAUGCUAGAUCAAUGCCGUUACUUCCAUGUGCCCAUAGGCAACAUGCCGCCGGAUACGGUGCUCUUUGGUGCGGAUCUCUUCUUUGCCCGCCUUCUGCAGAAGCACAAUUUUGUGUUGUGGUGGUCGGCCAGCACGCGUCCAGAUUUGGGUGGCCGUGAGGCGGACGACAGUCGCCUGCUGGCCGAGUUUGAGGAGAGCAUCACGGUGGUGCAGAAUCGCGCCGGCUUCUACUCAGAUGUGUGCGUCGAACUGGCUCUGGACAGUCUGGCCGUGAGCGCAUUGCUGCAGUCGAAUAGAAUUCAGGAAAUGGAGGGCGCCUCCUCGGCCAUUACGUUCGAUGUGAUGCCGCAGGCAUCUCUGGAGGAAAUGAUCGGCACGGUGCCGGCAGCUACAUUGCCCAGCUACGAUGAGACUGCUCUUUGCUCCGCUGCCUUUCGUGUUAUGCGCUCCAUGGUGAAUGGCUGGCUGCGUGAGGUGUCCAUCAACCAGAACAUAUUUUCCGACUUUCAAAUCGUGCACUUCUAUCGCUGGGUGCGCUCCAGCAAUGCCCUGCUCUACGAUCCAGCGCUGCGUCGGUCACUUAAUAAUCUGAUGCGCAAAAUGUUCUUGCGCAUCAUAGCAGAGUUUAAGCGCCUGGGCGCCACAAUAGUCUAUGCGGACUUCAACAGGAUCAUAAUCAGUUCGGGCAAGCGGAACGUCCCGGACGCUCUGGGCUAUGUGGACUACAUUGUACAGAGUUUGCGCAACAAGGAAAUGUUUCACUCCAUACAGCUGAGCUUUGAACAGUGCUGGAAUUUUAUGCUCUGGCUGGAUCAGUCUAACUUCUCGGGCAUACGAGGCAGGCUGCCCAAAGGAAUCGAUGAGACUGUCUCAGCUAUAGCGGUGGGCAGCACAACGCUGCGUCAGAGCCAGGCCCGCAAUGAACAGGUCCACGAGGAUGACGAUGAUGACAAUGAUGAUGUACAAGAAGUUGAAGCUGGUCUUGACGAGCCGCUGGAGGAGCAAGAGGAGGAGGAGGAGGAGGAGCUCUCCCUAGAACUAAAUUGGACUAUUGGCGAGCAGCUGCCGGAGGAGAACGAGUGUCGGGAGAAAUUUGAAUCUCUGCUCACGCUGUUCAUGCAAGCUCUGGCGGAGCGCAAGACCACGGAACAGGCCAUCAAAGAUAUUUCGCAUUGUGCCUUCGAUUUUGUGCUCAAGCUGCACAAGAACUAUGGCAAGGGCAAGCCCAGUCCCGGGCUGGACCUCAUACGCACCAUUGUCAAGGUGCUGAGCGUGGAUAAAGCAUUGGCGGAUCAGAUUAAUGAGCUGCGCCGCAAUAUGUUGCGUCUGGUGGGCGUCGGUGAGUUCUCAGAUCUGGCCGAUUGGACAGAUCCCUGUGAUACGUACAUUAUCAACGAGGUCAUCUGCAAGGCGUGCAACCAUUGUCGCGACCUGGAUCUAUGCAAGGACAAACAUCGCGCCAUGAAGGAUGGCAUACCCGUUUGGCUGUGCGCUCAGUGCUAUGUGGCCUAUGACAAUGAGGAGAUCGAGACGCGUAUGAUUGAUGCGCUCCAACGCAAGAUGAUGUCCUUUGUGUUGCAGGAUUUGCGCUGCGAGCGCUGCAACGAAAUCAAACGCGAGAAUCUCGCCGAGUUUUGCACGUGUGCUGGCAACUUUUUGCCUCUUAUCAGUGGCAAAGAGAUUGAAACGCUGCUCAAGACAUUCAGCAAUGUUGCCGGCUACCACAAGAUGCAGUUGCUCCAGCAAACUGUGCAGCAGGCGCAGAAAACGCCUCGCUAGCAAUUCAUCUGGAAAUUGUAAGUAGCUUUUAAAUAUUGCUUUUAGUUUGUUAUCAUUAAAUUCGUGUUCUUAAUCAAUUUGCUGUUCUUGUGCUGAGUUGAUGUGCAUUCGAACAUGUUUUUGGAGA